AUGAAGAGGGAUAAUCAGAGCAGUGUGUCUGAAUUCCUCCUCCUAGGACUCCCCAUCAGGCCGGAGCAGCAGGGCAUGUUCUUCGUCCUGUUCCUGGUCAUGUACCUCACCACCAUGUUGGGGAACCUAUUCAUUGUUCUGCUUAUCAGACUGGACUCUUGCCUCCACACCCCCAUGUACUUCUUCCUCAGCCACUUGGCCCUCACUGACAUCUCUUUCUCAUCAGUCACAGCACCAAAGAUGUUGUUGAACAUGCAGACACAAAGUCAAUCUAUCUCAUAUGCUGGGUGCAUUUCUCAGGUCUAUUUUUCCAUCUUCUUUUUUGAUAUCGACAGCUUCCUUCUCACUUCAAUGGCCUAUGACAGGUAUGUGGCUAUUUGUCACCCCCUCCACUAUACCACCAUCAUGAGUCGGAGCCUGUGUUUCAUGCUAGUAUUUGUGUCCUGGGUCUUAUCCUUUGCCAGUGCUCUAUUGCACACCUUGCUCCUGGCCCGUUUGUACUUCUGUGGAGACAAUAUUCUCCUCCACUUCUUCUGUGACCUCUCUACCUUACUUAAGCUUUCCAGCUCGGACACCACAACAAAUGAGCUGGUUAUUCUUACUGUAGGGACAGUGUUCAUUACCCUUCCAUUCAUAUGCAUCCUGGUCUCUUAUGGCCACAUUGGGUCCACAAUCCUGAGAGUUCCCUCCACCAAGGGGAUCUGCAAAGCCUUGUCCACUUGUGGCUCCCACCUCUCUGUUGUGUCUCUGUACUAUGGGGCAAUUAUUGGAUUGUACAUUUUCCCCUCAUCCAGUGAUUCCAACGGCAAGGAUGUCAUUGUGGCUGUAUUUUACACUUUGGUCACUCCCAUGCUAAAUCCUGUUAUCUACAGCCUGAGAAAUCAGGCCAUGAAAGGAGCUCUAGGAAAGAUACUCAGUAGAGAAAAGUUUUCACCAUAA